AUGCAUCCCGCUUAUUCAUUCGUUACUCAACAAAUGUCACCGUAUAAACAUCAUCAUCAUCACCACCAUGCGCACCAUCCAUCCCAUAUGCCACCCAUUUAUCAUCAGCAAGUACCGACAAAUCCUUACUAUUCUCAUCGAAAUCAAACCUCGCUGCUAAGAAGUGGCAUUGGACUACCAUUACCAUCCCAAGUAGCGUCACAACAACAACAACAACAACAACAACAAGGAGGAGGAGGACAAAUGGAUCCGAAUCACAAUCCGCUUGACAAUUUGAUAAUGUUUACACGAAAUUCAAUAUCGAUUUUACCAUGUAAUUAUCCUACAUCAACAUUAAAAUCAUUAUUGGAAAAUACUGAAUUGGCCGAUCUUUUGUUUCAAACACGAAAUAUGUAUGAUGAUGAGAGUGAUUCAUGUGAGUACAAGUAUUUCAUCAGCAUACACCAAAAUUUUUUGAACUUAAUCUUGAAAAGUCCGAUCAAAAUGUUUUUUUUCUUAGAUAAAGAAAAACACGCUUAAAAUUUGUAUAAUUUUGUUUGAAAACCAGUUCAUCGACACUUGUAAAUUGAUUAUAAAUAAUUAACAGCUUAGAAAAAAAAGAAAUACAUGUAUUUUGUGAGUAGAUAAGACAGAUAAAAUCUGAAAGAGAAUGAGUACAAUGAUGUACAAGAUGAUACUUCUUACGUUAAUAUUAUCAUCAAAAAUAUGUACUUUAAUAAUCAUGGACUGGAACGGUAAGUAUGUUUUUGGUCAAAAGUGAGUUUGUCGAAAAAUUUUUGUCGAAGGGACAUUUCGUCGAAAACAUCCAAUCAAUAUCCAGAAAUUGCCAAUCUUUUUUUAAACAAACAAGAAAAGAGAAAGAAAGCAUUAGAGAGAGAGAGAGAGAGAGACGUGAGUAGAAUCAAAAUAAGAGACCUUUGGCUGCUCAUUGCGACCAAGAGAGAAAGGCCUUCGAGGUACUCGUGGAGCAUGAUCGCCUUGUUUUUAUACCGACUGGCUAGAGUUUCAAGCCAUUCUUGAAUUUUGCAGAAUGUUUUUCGGCAAAAUGCUUUUCCACACGUUUUUUUCGCGGUCUUCUUUUUUUUGUCCAUCCUGACGUGUUGCACUUGUUGACUGACGUAGACUUCUUCUUGUUGAAGGACAGAUAAGGGUAGCAAUUGUUUAGUCAUUCUGUAUAAUUUUUCCUCUUUUGUUCGCGUAAACUAUACCUCGGCCCUUUUGAUGAAUUGUUUUUCGAUAAAAUCAUGUUUCGGCAAAAUUCUUUUCGACGGAAUGUUUUUCUGCAAACUGUUUUUCUGCGGAAAAAUUUUCGACAAGAUAUCUUCGACGAAAAAUGUUUCGACCAAAUGUCUUUCGACGAAAAAUAUUCAAAAGGCACUACGCAAAAGAAUUAUUUCAUUUGAUUCAUAUCAUAUGGAGAAUUUAGCAGGAAUAGAUCUUUUGUUGUACGUGAUUCUAUUCAAAAUAGAAAAUCGUAUAAAAAAUAAUAAUCAUUUUGUUUUAGUUUUAUUCACAGUAAAAAUUUUCGAUUAUAAUUUUAAUCUAUCAAUAUUCAAAUUAUGUUUGAUAGAAGAGGUAUUCUGUCAAAAUAUUUAGUUUUCUAUAUUUGAAUACCUUUACAGCGAAAGACAUACACAUUAUCAUAUUUAGUAUGCCUAUUAGGCAGUAGAGUAAGAAACGAGAAAGAGAAAAGUAACGACAAACACCAAGAAACAAUAAACGUAUUCUAUGGGGUGUGUCUGGAAAAUUUGUUUACACGCAUAGCGGGCAUUCAGGUGGACAUUUGGCGAAAAAUCGAAAGUGCACUUUUUAUAGGUUCAAAUAGUGUGAAAUAUACUUCAAUUUACGGGCUAUUCAAUGAAGUUAAAGUUUUUGUUUUAAGUGCUCACUUUCAAUAAGAAAAGUUAUCUGCAAAUAAUAGCCUAGAUAAUAGCGAAUUUGCAAAAGAUCAUUUUUUAUAUUGAACUCACUCGGUUUGAGUUUAUAAAAACCACAUUCUUAAUCUAGAAAUUCUUAGCUAUUCACAUGUGCGAUGGUCAAAAACCGGAAAAAUAUCCGUUUUUCGAAAAAUGCCCAUAACUCCACCGAGAAAGAUCGUCCUAUUCGAUGUAGGUCGAAUAUCUUUUGAACAAAAACAAAUCUCGAAAAAGUGGACGUAUAACUUUGUAGAGCUUUAAACGGCGAAUCGAACGGUGUAAAACUUUUGGCUCU